AUGUGUGCUGCGGGCACCUGCAGGCCUUGUGACUGCGGAGUAGUCGAGGGUCUGGGAGACCACAAGGACACAUCGCGCUCAGGUGCGGGUUUGGCGGCCCCAGGAGCCGUCAAAGAGCUGGAAGUGGACGACGACAACGGCGCCGUCGCCGCUGCGGCGGCGGCCGCCACUGCCCCUGGCGACCUCUCCUCCAGAGAAGGCGUGCUGCCGCUACUGCGGGUGGGAGAUCCAGAGCUGCCGCUGACUGUCAGUGCUACAGGUCUGAUGAGCAGGUGGCGCGGCCGGGAUCCUGAUGGCGGCCUUGACGACGGUGGUGGUGGUGAUGGUGGUUGUGGUCGGCGACAGAGGGCCCUCAGCAUCAAGGGCUGGGCGGAGAGGCGGCUCCUGAAGAUCCCCCUCAGCAGGGAGGAACCGCAGCGACCAAUCGGGCGAGCAGUUGCGUUGUUUUGGAACAUGGAUGCAAAAAUAUAUACAUGGCUUGCUGUUUCCAAUCAGCAGCGCCGACCAUUUGGGGAUAUGUCACUGGCGGUGGACUGGCGGUCGAGUAGAUCGCGCAAGCGGCAGCAAGACUGUUGCCAGUUUUGGACACGAUGA